AUGAAGAACAUAUCCAGAAGUGGUGACUUGAAGCCUAGAGAAAUUGGGGCCAUGCAAGAUUGUUUAGAGGAAUUGAAUGAUUCAAUAGAUGGACUCCAAAAGUCAAUGGAAGAAUUUAGUAUGAGCCAUGGUAAAGAUGACCCUAAAUUUGUACUUGAAAUGAAUGAUGUUGAGACUUGGGUAAGUGCUGCUUUAACUGAUGAUAAUACUUGCAUGGAUGGUUUUGAUGAAAGCAACAUGAAUGGCCAAUUAAAGACCAUGGUGAGAAAGUUCAUUUUAAGGAUUGCUCAUUUGGCAAGCAUUUCCUUGACUUUCAUAAACCAUUAUGCCGCGCAAUGA